AUGGAUCACGGCGGACACGGUGGACACGUUGGCCAUGGCGAUAUGCCAGCAGCUACCUGCAACAUGAAUAUGCUCUUCAACUGGCAAAUCGAGGAUACAUGUAUCGUGUUUGAAUGGUGGCACAUUCGCACAGCUUAUGGGUUUUGGGGCUCUUGUCUUGUCGUGUUCGCUAUUGCUGCUGGAUAUGAGUUUUUACGCGUAAAGUCAAACAACAUUGAUCAGCUGUGGAACGAGGCCCGUGCCAAACGAGGCGAACAAGGCCUAUUGGCAAAUGAUGGACCCUUGUUGCGAGGACAAUCACCAAGAUUGACGACGCAACAAGAAAUCAUCCGGUCAGCUUUGUAUGCAGUGCUUGUAGGCAUCAGCUUUUGGCUCAUGUUGGUGUUCAUGACCUAUAACGGUUACUUAAUGCUAUCCGUAGUGCUUGGAGCAGGUGUUGGUCACUUCGCGUUUGGUCAAGGUCAUUUGACAGCAGAUAGAUCCAUCCAAUGCCAUUAG